AAGCGAGCGUCUCUGGAACCCAGCUCUUCCUGUGUAUUUUUCUCAGAUGUUUCCCUCGCAAGGAUGACUGAGAUGGAGAUGACCGCUGCUGCUCAUCGCCUGGUCUUGGCUGGGGACUUGGAGACAUAGAGCAAGGACUGGUGCAGGUUGCACCUGAGCGACAGUUACCUGGGAGCCGGCUCCUGGAGAUCUUUUGCAGCCCUGACCCUGCCUUGAGCCUCGGAGUGUGAACUCUGGUCCUUUGCUUCUGUAACUGAGGAGCAACCCUCAGCUGCUGUUUUCAUAGAGAGAAGCCUAGCGGGAGUCCUGUGCCAAAAUAGGGCUGCUGGACUCGGACCCUUUGGCCGGAGACCCAAAGACACCGAAGAUGUCAGAGUCACGGGUGAAGAGGCUGGCCACUACGCUGAUGGAUGCCACCACAGAUAAGGACCCGAUGGUCCACGAGCAAAUCUUCAGUGCCCUUUGCUAUUUGGGCGGGCAGGAGCCAGAGGAGAUCUUGAAUGCCUGCGAGGAGUACCUGCGGCAGCAUGACAAGCUGGCUUACCCCCACCGGAUCAUCAUCCUGAGGGCCAUGGAGGCAGUGGUCAGGAGCAGCCUGGCUCAGCUGGACAAGAGCACGGCCAAGAUCGUUAUCUUCUUGGCCUCCAAUGAAAUGACCAAAUCGAAGGAGGUCAUCUUUGAGUGGCAGCAGGCGGCCAGCAACGUCCUCGUGGCGGUGGGAAGGCGCUUCAUCAACAAGGUGAUGGAGGAGGUGCUGACCAAGUUCCAGCCGGGAGUCCUGCCUCACUACUUCAUUGUGCAGACUUUUGCCAACCUCUCUGUGGCAAACGUUUUUGGGAUGGUGCCUUUCCUCAACUCCAUUCUGGGGACCAUGCUGCCCAUGUUGGCGAUGGCCAAGCAAGACAACAUGAAGUCCGUCUUCUGCUACGCUUUGCAGUACUUCAGCGAGAGCAUCCAGGAGUACUUGGCAAACCUGGACAAGGCUCCGGACCCCACCGUCCGGCGCGACACCUUCUCCAGUGAGAUCUUCAGCGCCUAUGAAGUGCUUUUCAACAGUUGGCUCCAGAGCCGGGAAGCCAAGCUGAGGCUGGCGGUGGUGGAGGCCCUGGGGCCCAUGAGCCACCUCAUGCCCAGUGAGAAGCUGGAGGAGCAGCUCCCUCGCCUCAUCCCAGGCAUCCUGGCGCUCUACCGGAAGCCCGCAGAGGCCUACUACGUCUCCAAGAGUUUGUGCCAGAUUCUCGAAGCCUCUGUCAACAUCGGGAGCCGGACGUUGGAUACGCAGCUGGACACCCUCCUCAAUGCCCUGCAGCUCCAGAUCUGUGCCCCUCUGGAUUCCUCCAUGCCAGUCCCUCUGAAGAAUCACAACGAGGUCCUUCGGUGCUUCACUGUGCUUGACUCUCCUUCCCAGACCGCUGCUCGGAUUCCUGCUCCCGAAACUGAGUCAGGCAAUGAAAGACCCGGGUGGGGACCCUCGCCAUCCUCUGCGCAGAUCAUCAACCGCCUGUUCUGCUCAGCCUUGCAGGUGAAGCCCUUGGAUCUUGGGGUUCAUUGGUCAAGGCACAACUCUUCUCAGAUGGAGAUCAAGAAACCCUUCAUCCUGUCUUCCAUGAAGCUGCCUCUGCAGGACAACAGCAACAAGGUGAAGCGGGCGGUGGUCCACGUGAUCAGCGCAAUGGCCCACCAUGGAUACCUGGAGCAGCCAGGUGGAGAAGCCUUGAUUGAGUUCCUCAUCCGGCAGUGUGCCCUCCCUGUCAACCAGUCCCCGCAGGUGCCCCGGCGGCAUUCCCUGGAGACGGAGGACUUGACCGACAGCCAUGUCAGGGACAUCAGUGUCAACACCCUCUUCCUCAUCAGCACCACAGUCGACAGGAUGGCCGAUGUUCUCUGGCCGUACCUCCUGGCGUUUGUGACUCCCAUCCACUUGACCAAUGCCUUGACCCCGCUUUGCAAGAGCCUCAUCUUUCUGGCUGCCCAGAGGCAAGAGGAGGAAGGGGCCGAUUUCCAGCUCCCCUACAACAACAAUGCAGGCCUUCCGUCCCCAUUUGCCCUGACGGCCAGGCUGCUGGUGGCGGCUUCCCAGCCUUACCUGGGGGACGGCCGGGGAGCAGCCUCCCUCCGCCUCCUGAACAUCCUCAACCUCAGCGUCCACAAGGCCCUGAAGCCCCUCUGGACCAAGAAGAUCCCAGCUCUGGUGGAACACCUGGAAGCAAACACAAAGUCCUCUCUGUUCCAGAAGGAGUGGGAGGAAAAGCUGCUGAAGUUUCUUCAGGAGACCCUGGAUACCAUUUCAGACACUUCUUGGACUUCUCAGCUGAUUCUGGAAAUGUGCCGGCAGCUGAACAGUUACAACGGAUCGCCUUUGGAGAAGAACUUCCUCUACAAAUGCAUUGGGACCACACUAGCCACCUGUGCCAACAAGGAUCUGGUGCGGAAACAGCUUCAGGAGCUCCUGGAAACAGCCCGGUAUCAGGAGGAGGCCGAAAGGGAGGGUCUUGCCUCUUGCCUGGGGCUCUGUGCGGUAACCCACCUGGAUGAUGCCCUCACCAAGCUGGAGGAGUUUGUUAAGUCGGACGUCUUCAAGAAGUCUGCAGGCCUCUUCAGCAUCUUCAAGGAUCGCAGCGACCAUGAGGUGGAGAAGGUCAAGAGCACCCUCAUCUUAUGCUACGGCUAUGUGGCCAGGCAUGCGCCGGGAGAGCUGGUGCUGGCCCGGAUGGACGCUGAAAUCCUCCGAAAUGUCUUCCAUUACUUCAACACAAAGGUUCUUGGAAUAAAGGUAGAAACCAAGGACCUAACCCUGAAGCUGUGUCUCAUCCGGAGCAUCUGCAUGAUUUGCCAGGCCAUCUGUGCCAGCUCCCAGUCUGGGGACUUCACCUUCUCCCGCAAGGCUGAGCUUGUAUCUCAGAUGAUGGACUUCAUCAAAGCUGAACCUCUGGACUCCUUGCGCACUCCCAUCCGCCAGAGAGCCAUGAUGGCCUGCAUGUACCUGGUCGUCCUGGAGCCACCUCUGAGCGACGCGGAGAAGGCUGAGCUGAUCGAAACCUGCCUUGGCAGUGUCCUCCCCCUGCCUCUUCCGGAUGCCCCAAGGGAAAAAGAGGGCCUGGCGGCAGACCCUGGGCACAGAGAGCCUCUGUGGAGCAACACCCUUCACUCCCUGAAGGACUUGCUGAAGAGCCUCCUCCACCGGCACAUGACGCCCCACGGCCUGCAGAACAUGUUUGAGCACCUGAGCCCCUGGGUCAAGUCGGCCAAGGAGCACGAGCGAGAGCGAGCCGUGGAGGUCGGGGCGGCCAUCUUGGAGUUCUAUCGGGAGAAGCUGAACGUCAGCACGGUGGUCCCUUUCUACAACCUGGGGCUGCUCAUGGCCCUCUUCUCCCCUCGCUGCACCGACUCCCUGGCCAGCGUCCGCCAGCACGCCGUGGACUGCGUUUACUCCCUCCUCUAUGUCCAGCUCUGCUAUGAAGGGUUUUCCCGGGACCACAGGGACGAGUCCAUUGAGAGGUUGAAAGCCAUGAAGCCCGGACUCAAGGACCCUGAUGUCAACAUCCUCUUCCAGGCCUGCUGCAACAUUGCCAAGGUCAUUGCCAAGCGCCUCCCGCCUGACCAGAUGCUGAGCCUCCUCCUCUCCAUGUUGGAGGGCUUGGCAGAUCCAGACCGGAACUGUUCGCGGGCGGCCACUGUGAUGAUCAACUCCAUCCUGAAAGAACGGGGGGCUGUCUUGCUGGAGAAGGGGAUGACCUCCACUUUUCGGGAGAAGCUGAAUCAUAGUAUGCAUGUGGGGCAGGGAGAUUCUGGAGUGAGGAAAGGAAGGACCUUGGCUGGAACCAUGGCAUUUGAACUCUAUACCUGCACCAUGUGGCGGGCACUGGCUUCGGAGCCCCCCCUGACCUCCCAGGUCUUGGAGCUGCUGCUGGAGAAAGUCAACCGGGACGUCCCAUACAAGGAGAGCAGGUCCUUCUUGCGGGGAAGCGGUGCAGAACGCGUGGCCACUGUCUUCCCCCUUUCGGCCACAUGCGCUUUGCAUGAGAUCGUGUCUGUCCGGGAGUCUGGGCCGGCGGUUGUGGGCCUCUAUGCGGAGCUGUUUGUGUCCCUCCUGCUUCGGGUCAGCUGUACGGUGGGCGUCCAUCCCCCCAAGAACCUGCAGCCCAAAGAGAGGAAGAGCACCGGAGGACGUGGCAGUGGGCAGCCCUUCCGGACUCUGGAUCCCUGCAGUUCUGCAGUGGAGACCCUGAAGGCCAUGCUGACCCAGGGGGGCAGCGAAGAGGUGGUCCGGGCUGUGGCCGAGGCGGAGGGCUGGGAGUGGCUCCGGAGCAUGGAAAGGCACCACGACGGCGUAGCCCUUCUGGCCAGUGCCAUGGCGAAGCAUGCGGGGCCCAAACUCUCCCCGAUCGUGAAGAGCCUCUCCCCGAUGCUCAACAGCCUCUAUGACAGCCAGCGGGUGACCACCACGGCCUUCUUCGCGGAGCUCCUCAGCAGCAAUGUGGUGAAUGACCUGAUUCUCCUGGAGACCAUCAUGGACAGCAUGACCGCCCGGCAGAGGGACCCUUGCACCCUCGUGCGCAUGCUGGCUCUCCGCGGGCUGGGCAACAUCGCCUCAGGAUCGCCAGAGAAGGUGAGGAAGCACGGGGCCCAGCUCCUGGCCUCCAUGAUGAACGGCAUGGACGACAAGGAUGACCCCCACCACGCCGUCGCCCUGGAAGUCAUGUCCAGCCUCUCCAAGCUCCUGGCCUUCGUUGAGGAGAGGGACGUCCGCUCCAUGCUGCUCCACAUUGCCAUCCGCAUCCGGCCGUUCUUCGACAGCGAGAACCACGAACUCCGCCGGUCGUCCAUCGUCCUCUUUGGGAACCUGACCAAGUUCAGUGCCGGGAGUUGUGAGGACGCCUUCUUUGAGCAGAUCCUGAAUGGUCUGGUGACGCUGCUGCUGCACCUUCAGGACCCAAAGCCAGAGGUCAUCAAGGCCUGCAAGUUUGCACUGCGCAUGUGUGGCCCCAGCAUGGGCUGCCCAGUCCUUUGCGACAUGUUCCAGAACCACCUCCAUGAAGACCGGACUCUCCACUAUGGCGAGUUCAUGAACGAUGUGUGCAAACAUCUGAUGCAGAGCUACCCGGACACUUUGAGCCGCUUGGUCGCCACCAAUCUCUUCUACUUCAAGAGCAACUGGGCGGACAUCCGAGCUGCCGCCCCUAUGUUUGUAGGCUUCCUCGUCCUUCAUGUCGACCAAGUCCACGGCCAGCAACUGAACCUGGAUGAGCUCAUUGCAGCUCUCACUGUGCUGCUGAAGGACCCUGUGGCUGCCGUGCGCAUGAAGGUGGCCGAGACCUUGGGCCGUCUGGUCAGGAUCGUUUGAGGGCCACCUUUCUUCUGAGGGGUCCAAGCAGGAUGAUGCCUGAAGGGACAGAACCCGAUUGGACUCUUUCUCCCCUCCACCCUAAAUCUCUGUCCCUUGCGGCGGGCACCUCUUGGGCACGGUACGUCUUCCAGAGCAACACAAAUGCACCUUGACCGUCACAUCCAUCUUCCAAGGGAUGGCCCACGGCAGCAGGAUCCAGCACCUUCUUCCCUCCCCCAACAUGGCAGAAGUCUUCCGAUGCACUUUGAAUGCUGUGGGAGCCACUCAGCAGAGCCUAGGAUGGUUAUAUGGUUAUUUUCACAAGCAUCCCCACUCCUCCAAAGAGGACCCUUGCGCACCCGUCACCCUUCCUUCUCCCCACAUCCCUUUCUCCUUGGCCAUCAUGGACCUUUUCCAGGACAAAGAACGCCUUUCCCCAAACAGGGACUUUGAUGGGGUGGGCAGAUCAGCACUUUCCCCGUCAUGCCUCGGAAACAGUAAGUCCCCUUUUGGCACCCAUGGCCGGCAUUGCCCACGCACCUUCCCUCUCUGCCAUGGGUUUGCUGGGGCAAACAGCUCCUGCCCUUCCAGAGCUUCCACAGGUUCAUGCAUUGCUCCUCUGGGGAGGAACUUGUACAUACAAUCAGACAACUUAUUUUUAAUAAAUGAAUUGCUUCUCAGGAACCCA